GUUUGUGUUAAAACAGAAAUAUAUCGAUCGAUCGAAUUGGGCUGUAGAUAAUCAGAUGUGAAUCGAUAAAUAAUCCAUUUUGAAAUUUGAAAUCUCUCGAAACUGUAAUUGUGUGUUGACAGUUUUCAGUCAAGUCUGGUGGAAUGAGUUACAACAAAGGGAUGCGAAUGGCUUAUCUUAUUUUCUUCGUAAUUUUCAUGAGUAUAAUCUUAACUACCGGGAAUACUAAAUAUUUGUCAGCUUCAGCUGCGUCUGAGUCCAAAAGCAUAUCCAACCAUACUGUAGCAGGAACUAAUGGAGAAGAACCAGGUGGUUCGCGACGUGUAAAGAGAUCUAUGAUUGCGGCCGCGGACGGAGCCGAGGCAGCAGAGGCGGGAGCGGGAGCGGCAGCAGCAGCGGAAGCGGGAGCGGGACCGGCGGGUGCAAAAUCAUCGGACUCGAAAGCAGCUGCAACUGGUGCCGCAAUGAAUAUCGUUUCACCAGCCAAGGCUUAUUACGCAUUACAACUGUUGGCUCUGGUUAUUAUUCGACUAGUUUGUUGACGGUAAUAAAGGAGAUGUGUUCUUCUUAUCAUUGAUUUGUUCGUCAUUUGUUCAUCAUAUAGAAUUCGACUACAAUGUGAAACUUCAUCAUUGAUUUAAACAUAAAUGACAAAAUACAGAUUACUAAAUGAUCAUAUAUUUCAUGAUUAAAAUAAAUAUUAUCUAUUUAA